CCGGAUGGAAUUCGAUGUUGCACAACUGUAGGUUACAUGACCGUUUGGUUAGAAAACCUUUGCUUUCUAUGACCUAACGUCGUGUGGAGUAAAAUGACCAGUUGCCCGAGAUGUCUACAGUAGCAGGACGAGUUUUUAGCGGUCUGACGCGGCUGACUUUCAGUAGAGGGAUGUUUGUCCGGACCGUGAGGAGACUGAACGGUGUGCGGUCUCUGGCUCUGAGCUCUCAGAUGUCGGCCAGGUCUAAAAAGCCCAUGGAUGAAGAAAAGGAGGUAAACAACGAGCCCAUCAAGUUCUCCACCAGUAAAGCCAGUCACAAGGCUUGGAAUGUUGAUCGCUCCAUGGGGAGUAAUUUUGAGCGGCCCUGGUGGAAAGUCCUCCCCAUCAGCCUCAUCUUCACAGGAUUCCUCCUGUGGUGUGCAGUGAGAGAAGAGACGGACAUUGACGUAAAGCUGGAGAAGCAGCUGUACGAGCAUUUACCCAGUUUGCUUCCAGAUGAAGAGGAGAAGGAAGUUCAAAAUAAACCAACUUAACAUAUGUGGAACUUAAGAUGUAUAUAUUUUAGGUUAUAUUUAUUGUGUCGCUGUAUCAUUUCUGUGGACCAGGGGCAUAAAUGAUGAAGCCGGCCAUUGCCACAGAAAUGUAUGAUUUUUUUUUUUCAGCAAAAGACUUCUGGAUUGUUAGAUCAUUGCCUUUACAAGCUAAAACAUGUUUAUUAAAUAUGCCUUGAUAUGA